AAUGAUAGAUGCGGAAGCAGUGGCAGGUGGAACUGCUCAGUUACCAUGCGACGUGGAACCGCCAGUCCCUGGAGACAAGCUCCAUCUAGUUAUUUGGUACAAGGAGGAAGCAGACGCGCCGAUAUACAGUUUCGACACAAGGACGCAAAGCACCCUGGAACAAGGGAAACACUGGCAGGAUAUCAGCCUCGACAAACGUGCCUUUUUCAAAUACUCGGAGAAACCCGCGAAACUCAUCCUCGAGUCUGUCCGUGAGAGUGACGCCGCCGUUUACAGAUGCAGGGUCGAUUUCAAGCAAUCCCCGACCAGGAACAGCAAAGUCAAUCUCACGGUGAUCAUACCACCGGAGCAGCUUAGCAUAUUGGACGAGAGCGGAAGGUCUCAUAUUCCUUAUUACGUGCUCGGCCCGUACAGCGAGGGUGCCUCCCUGAAUAUUACCUGCGUCGCUGCUGGUGGUCGGCCACAACCACGUGUGACGUGGUGGCAAGAAAAUGCUCUCCUCGACGACACUUACGAAACCGUCGGCACUAAGAGGGUACGGAACGUGCUGCGAUUAGAAAAGCUGGGUCGCGAACACCUCGGCGCGAUUUUGACCUGCCAGGCGUCCAACAACAACAUGGUCACUCCUAUUUCCAGCUCUGUCACGCUCAAUAUGAAUCUGAAACCAUUGUGGGUCCGCAUGCAAGGAGAGAAUCGUCCAUUUAGCGCAGGCACCACGUACGAGAUCGGCUGUGAGAUAGUUGGAGCGAGACCAAAUCCGAAGAUCACGUGGUCGAAAGGAAGUUUGAUGCUGAGGAACGCCAGACAGACGAUGAGCCCCGACUCCAACGUCACCACCAGCAUUCUCACGUUCGUACCGACUAUUGAGGACGCUGGCAAGUUCCUCUCCUGCCACGGCAGCGUGCCGGAUAUCCCGGAUUCCGAGAUGGAGGACGGAUGGAAGCUCGAUAUACACCACGAACCGGUGGUUAUGCUCGAGCUUGGGAGCAAUCUGAACUUGAGCGCAAUCCGCGAGGGUAUCGACGUUUAUUUCGAGUGCAACAUCAAGUCGAAUCCGUGGGUUUACAAAGUCUCCUGGCGGCACAACGGCAAUCCGCUGUAUCAUAAUCCAGCGACAGGAACCAUAAUCAGUAAUCAAAGCCUAGUAUUGCAAAGCGUAACACGAAGCAGAGCUGGGAUCUACACAUGUAUUGGCAGCAACCAAGAAGGCGAUGGAGAGAGCAAUCCUCUGAAUCUGGACAUCAAAUUCACUCCAGUCUGUCACCACGGUCAGGUAAAGGUGUUCGGUGUGGCACGACAGGAAACCACGAGGAUACCGUGCGAGCUGGAGGCAAAUCCACCGGAAGUAACGUUUACGUGGAAGUUCAAUAACACAAUGGAGGCGAUCGACAUACCACAGGCACACGUCACCAGCGAACGAACACGUUCCACAGCCUCUUACACACCGAUGACAGAGUUGGACUAUGGUACUUUGCUUUGUUGGGGCACCAACGAUCAGGGUACCCAGCUCGAGCCUUGUGUCUACCAUAUUGUGCCGGCUGGUCACCCAGAUACGCCACACAAUUGCUCUCUUCUGAACCAGACAACGGACUCGCUAUACGUGGAGUGCACAGAGGGGUUCGACGGCGGUCUGCCGCAAAAGUUCACGAUACAGGUGGACCGUGAGGUGGGAACCAGCAGUACGUCGUCGAAACCGAGCACGACGGUCUACAAUCAAACGAGCAAAGUACCGUCUUUUUCGGUGAGCAACCUCGAGCCUGGCACCACCUACGAUGUACACAUAUACGCGAGCAACAGCAAAGGCCGCAGCGAGACGGUUCACUUCCGUGCAACCACGCUGAAUCUACCCGAAAGGCGAACAGCAGGUGAGAGGCUGGCGCAACCUCCACCCCCGGAGAAUUGUACAAUCAGGGAAGAGAGUCGGACAACGGUCAGGGUGAGCUGCGCCGAGAGCGAGUACAUCGACCCGCGCACUGCCACCUAUGUGCUGCAAGUCUUCGACGCAGACACCAGGCGCCUAUUGGCGUCCGCGACUAGCAUGACGCCUAGCAUGCUAGAGAUCACCGAUCUACCAGCGGAGAGGAGUUACUCAGGACUGGUUCUCUCGCUGAGGAUCAUGACGGAGCACGCGAUGAGCGACGCCACGGUUCUUCACAGCCCGCACUUUGUUCAGGAGGGUAAGACACAGGAGCAUCAACGAUACCCAGCUCUGACACCGGUGAUGCUGUCGCUGUCUGGACCAUUGCUCGGUGCGGUGGUCGGAGCAGCGGCGGGCCUUCUACUCGUGAUCUUUGUGAUAGUUUUGGCUGUGAGAUUACGGUAUCGACCAAGGACUCAGGAGGACAAGGAUUCUCACGACGACGGCGGCAUGGCGAAUCUAGCCGCGUCCGGAACCGGCAGUUCCUCUCCACGUGAUAAAUCGUCGACUCUGCCUCUCAACUCUGACAGCAUCGAGAGCUUCGAGAAGGACCCCGAUAUAAUUCCUCAUGCUAAUGAAAAUUCUUACGCCGAGCUGUGCAAGGGCACUUCACCAAGAUAUGUGUUACACCAGCAACGAACGGAUGCAAGUACUUUUACUAACACAAGCAAUGGAUCAGAGCUAACGUACGCCGAGCUGUCGCUCCGUAACCGACGAAUACCUCCUAAUUGUUAUCAGCCAGUACAAGUAUCCAAUAUUCAGCGGCCUCAACUGCUAGCCAUGUCGACUCUGACGCGUAGGCAACCAAUCCAGGAACCAACGAUUUACGCGCAAGUCGCCAGUCAUUCUAAGCCGAUUUAUGUACCACCCCCACAUCCGUACAUGAGUCGCACCAACGACGAGACCACGGUAGAAACUCCAUUAAUCGGACAUGACAAUAAGAUCACCACGAUCACCCAAUCUGGUACCUCAAUAUGGCGUACCGACACGCCGCCAGCUUCAAACGCACCAACGACAUGAUUCUAAAACACGAUCAAAGCAACAUUCCGCUCUUAUACACGUUUCUCGACGCGCUCUUUAAUUAUAAAAAAGAAAGAUAAGUUAACCUCUUUAAUAAGAGAAAUAAGAAAAAGAAACCAAAAGAAAAAAUCGAGGAGACGACGUUCCGCGUAGCUCGUUUGCGUGGAACGUGUACGAUAUGUAUUAUUGUUAAACUUUCUCGUACAUAUGUUACAGAAGGUAUUUAUUAAACUAUGAACGAUGAAAGAUGAAAGUAAUUUAACAAAGGAAAAAAAACAUACACAUAUACAAAUGUUUGCG